CUUUUCACUUUUAUCCAUCUGUCUGUGCUAAUUAUUUAAUUGGUUCUUUUUAUCAUAUUUGAAUUUAUGAUUUGAAUUUUUGGUUGAAUAUACCUGCACUAUUGAUUUUGCGUUUAAUAUUUGGGGGAUUUUUUUUUUAAAAAAAAAUUGUGUCUCCUUUUUCCAAGGAUCAUUGGUGAAAUUAAAUGAUAGUUUAUGUAGCUAGAUUAAUUUGCAAAGUAUAAAUCUUCACUCAUCUGGGCAGAUUUUUUUUUUUUUAAUUUUAAAUUUUCUCUUCAAUUGUCACAGAUCUUGUUUAUAGCUUUUUUUUUAAAACCAACCAACAGCUAUUGCUAUUUGGAACCAAAUGUGACAAGUACAAUGGAAAAAAUUGUCAAUGUAGGUGAAACAGGCGGUAAAGAAUUAAUGGAAAGCUAAAAGUGUCUUGGUGAAAUCAUAGUUGUUGAGAUUCUUAUCUGUUCUGUUAAAGUUACAGUUGAAAUGUGUCUAUUGCCAAUUAUGCGUAGUGCUGUAGUCUAAUCUCACAGCACCUUCUCAAACUAUUUGAUUGCUAAUUUGUUAAAUGAAUUUAGUUAUUGUAUAAUCAUGGCUGAAGCAGCUCAACCUGAAAGGUAGACAUACAUUUUAUACGGAGAUGAUUCCGUUGAACUAGACAAAAGACCCGUGUGUGCCCUGUGGGAGGAUAUCUGUUAAAGAUGCUUGGGAUUGCUUCCCGAUUUCCAGUUGGGAGUGCCUCUCUUAAUUUUGACACAAGGUCCUUGACGUGAGGCACACACUGACUUGUGAGGUUUGAACUUGGAGGAGUGCAGGAAAAUAGUUAAUACAAAGUCAGGAACAAGCCUUGUGUAGCAUUGAACUUGUAUUUCUGAAACACAUUCAGAUCACUAGAUUGUAUAUACGUUUUUUCAGUUUAAGUAUCAUGACACUUUUUUUCUGAAUUUAUUAUUAUAAAGUGUUUGCAAGAAGUGAUUGACCUGAGUUUUAUUACCACUCAAUUGCCUAAGUCCAUAGUCUCGAAGACUUGGAGAUAGUUUUUGAGCAUAGCAUAAAUAUGGGGGUUCGAUCAUCAGUCGCUUGUUGAUCCACUAGCAGUAGUAUUCUUUAUUAGUAGCGGACUUGAGGUUGAGGAUAGAGUCGUCAGUGGAGUCGUUGCACAUACACGUACCUAAAUUCUUGCAAAAGGCCAUUUCCCUAUAAAAGAAUGUGGACCAUAAACAGUUGUGCAUUAUCAUACAAACAUCUCAUCUCCUUUAGCAACUGUUGGUCCAUAGUUGAAUUGUUCACUAAUUACUAUAUGGUCAUCUGUUUCAGUGAUGAAACGGGUAGACUUCCGUUUUAUAAUCCUAUUUUCAGCAUUUCUUCGAAUCUUUCUAAUUAUAUAUGGAGAAUGGCAAGACACUCAUAUGGAGGUUAGAUACACAGAUGUCGAUUACUUUGUCUUUUCUGAUGCUGCGGCGCUAGUGGUUUCAGGAGUCUCUCCUUACAAAAGGUCUACAUAUCGAUAUUCACCCUUAAUCGCAUAUCUUCUCACACCAAAUUCAAUAGUUCACCGGUCAUGGGGAAAAGUUCUCUUCUCUAUUUCAGAUCUGCUUGUGGGAUAUUUUAUCCGGUCAAUUCUGAAGCUACAAGGUGUUUCUGAUGAAAUAUGCAUCUACUCCGUAAUGGUAUGGCUUUUUAAUCCGUUCACCUUCACAAUUGGAACCCGUGGGAAUUGCGAGCCUAUUAUAUGUGCUAUGGUUUUGUGGAUUAUUUUAUGUCUCUUGAAAGGCAAGUUGUUACAGGCUGCAUUUUGGUACGGUCUUGUUGUCCACCUGAGAAUAUAUCCUAUUAUUUAUGCACUUCCAAUCGUCUUGGCCCUUGAGCCUUGCAAUUUUCAAUCUGGUAAAAGGCUUAUCCUUCGAAAAUGGAGUUCUAGAGAUAUUAAGGCAGCGCAGAGGUCAAGUACCAAGAAUGUAUCUGACCUAGUUCAGAAAUUGGGAGUUAUUGCAAGGUUGCUCACUAAAGAAAGAAUUCAGUUUGGGCUUCUCUCAGGGACUGUUUUCUUCUUUUUUACAGGAAUUUUCUUUUACCUGUAUGAAUUAGAGUUCUUGCAUGAAGCCCUAUUAUACCAUCUUACACGUACGGAUCCGAGGCAUAACUUUUCUAUAUACUUUUAUCACAUAUAUCUCCAUUAUGAGCGAGAGUUUUCACUUCCAGAGAAGCUUGUCUCUUUUCUGCCUCAAGUUAUAGUGCAGCUUGUUCUCAUAUCCCGCUUUAGGAAGGAUUUGCCUUUCUGUUUCUUCUUGCAAACUGUGGCUUUUGUAGCUUUUAACAAGGUCAUAACAGCACAGUACUUUGUGUGGUUCUUUUGCCUAUUGCCUCUAAUACUCCCUUGGAGUAAUAUGAAGCCAAAACAAGGCUUAGUAUGCAUUUCUCUGUGGGUUGGAGCACAAACACACUGGCUACUGUGGGGCUACCUUCUUGAGUUUAAAGGCAAGCAAGUUUUUUUGUGUCUCUGGGUGGCAAGUCUAUUAUUCCUGGCCGCCAAUACUUUUGUCCUCAUUUGUGUCAUCACCCAUCAUACCUGUUCCCCGUUAUUCAGACCCUUGGAACAUGUGAAUCGAACGAAAUCAGCAAAAUACAAGCAAUGACCUGGAUCACAAUCUUAACCUGUAUUAAUGAUUUACUAUUGAUUUUAGAAACCCAAUUUUGCUUGAAUUAUAGUUUUUUAGUGUCAAAGUGUCAUUCUUUGAGUUGUAUACAGUGGUAGCGUAAGCCGUCAGGCCAGUUUUGUAUGAUUGUAUAUCUACUAGAUAUUAUGAUGAAGUAGUGUUGAAACUUUAUUAUAACAAGAAACUUGGAACAUGAAUUUGUGAUGAAAA